AGCUGCAGCAAGAGGACCUCUGGUAACAUUCCACUGUAUUGCUGAAAGUGACAUACUUUUAUUUAAAACUUUAACAAUUCUAGAAUAGCAUUGUAUCAACGACAGCUAAAAUGGUAGAUCGCGAGCAACUGGUGCAGAAAGCCAGGCUGGCCGAACAGGCUGAGAGAUAUGAUGAUAUGGCAGCAGCCAUGAAGUCGGUGACAGAGUUAAACGAGGCCUUGUCCAAUGAGGAGAGGAACCUGCUCUCUGUGGCCUAUAAGAACGUGGUGGGGGCACGGCGCUCGUCCUGGCGCGUCAUCUCCAGCAUCGAGCAGAAGACCUCGGUGGACGGCUACGAGAAGAAGGUUGAGAUGGUGCGUGGGUACCGCGAGAAGAUUGAGAAGGAACUGGAGACCGUGUGCCAGGACGUGCUCAACCUCCUGGACAACUUCCUGAUCAAGAACUGCAACGACACGCAGCACGAGAGCAAAGUGUUUUACCUGAAGAUGAAGGGCGACUACUACCGCUACCUGGCCGAGGUGGCCACGGGAGAGAAGAGGGCCGGUGUGGUGGAGUCCUCUGAGAAGUCCUACAGCGAGGCCCAUGAGAUUAGCAAGGAGCACAUGCAGCCCACCCACCCUAUCCGUCUGGGUCUGGCUCUCAACUACUCCGUGUUUUACUACGAGAUCCAGAAUGCACCUGAGCAGGCCUGCCACCUGGCCAAGACCGCCUUCGAUGACGCCAUCGCUGAGCUAGACACCCUGAAUGAGGACUCCUACAAAGACUCUACCCUCAUCAUGCAGCUGCUACGAGACAACUUGACACUGUGGACGAGCGACCAGCAAGACGACGAGGGUGGCGAAACCAAUAACUAGAGAGCCCCUAAAAAGACCCCCGUGUCCUGUAUCAGCCAAUACACACAACACGCUCACGCACUCAAAUGACAACAAACAAAAAUAAAACAGUUCUUAGAAAUGUUAAAAUGUUGGCUGGUGGAACUUUGGUAGCCACAGAUGAUGAUACGAUCAGUUCUUUAUUUUUCCCAACGAAUGUAAAAAGUGAAGAAACUAUUUCAUUAAAAAGAGUAGGAGGGGAGAUGAGUUUAGUUUCUAGUAUAGUUAAAAAAAAAGAUAUAAUAAUAGAUAAACCCCUUCCUUCUUGAUUGCCUCUGCAACUUUUGUCAAAACACCACUUGAGAAUGAAGAAGGUCUGCGGUCAGUGAGUCAGUCAGUCAGUCAGUCAGCCAGUGAGUAGAGUGUGGCUGUUGCGUCACACUGGCAUGGAGACUGGCAUGUUGUUAUGUCGUUAGCUACAUGAAGUGGAGCUGCUUAUUUAACUUAUGUGGUAAGGGAGGAGGAACGUUCAAAAUUGUAAGGGGAGAUCGAAGCUUGUGCAAAAAUAAAAUUAAUAUAUAGAAUAUUUAAAAAAAAUACAAAAAACUUCAUCACCUCGUAAAAAAAUAAAGAAUUGCAAAUAGUUUCCGGAGAGAGUGAAAGAGGUAUCGUACCUCUAGCUAGACACCUCAGACUUACCAACAUGGAAUCUAAAAAGUAUGCCUCACCCUGUAAUCGUUGAGUGAAGCCAGGUAUUCUCUGUGGUUAUUGAACACACAUAACCCAAUGUUUUGUUCCCAUGAUGUCAGCAAUUGGUUUGGACCCAGUCAUCCAGACUAGAGUACUGUAACGAAAGCAGGAGUAGAGGAAACACAGAGACAGUACAGCCCUCUCAUGCACUGAUAUGCUAUACAGACAUAAACAUCUUCAAGCACAUGGUUACUAUUAUUAUUACUAUUAUUAUUACUAUUAUUAUUACUAUUAUUAUUACUAUUAUUAUUACUCACCCCUUACCGAGGUUGUCAAGGGUGCCAUAUUAUUAGAAUAUCAAAAUAUGCUAAUACAAUGAAAAUGAAAACGCUAAAACUACCAAAAUAAAUGAUAUCGUAGAGGAGAUCAUUUGAUAUUGUAAGGCAACAGAAUUUGCCCUAAAUUAAGGUACAUUUAUGUUUACAACAAUUACUUAUUGUAGAUCUCUGAAAUGACACACACACUGGAACCACACGCUCAACUAUACACCUUUUUUGGACAAUAUAUAAAAACAUUUUGUUUUUGUGUUAACCUUUUUAAUUGUCAAAAAAAUGCACUUGCCUAUCAUAUUGUUCCUCGAGUGUAAAACGAUAACCACUCCAAUAUUCUCCAUAAUAUAAUAUUGUGCAUGCUGGUGAUGUAUUUACAUACAGUAACUUGCCUGCAUUGUUAUUAACCUAUACUGUAGACAUGAAGUAUUCAUAUGAACAUGAAAUGACUAGAUUUCAAUCUGAUUUAUUUUCUAUUUAUACUUUAUAUUGGAUUGUUGAACAUUUAUUUUUAAUCUUUGUUUUCUUUACUCCAUUCGCUGGAAGUACACUAUACCAAAAAACAGUGAUUGUUAACAUUAAAUUAAUCUGUAAUGGACAUUGCUAUUGUGACAUGCAAUUCUUGUAUUUGGUUUCUACUAAACAAAGGGGGAGGCAUGAGGGGAGAGGGGGGGGGGGGGUGAGAUAAAAGAAAUAAAACACCAGUGUUAGCUUGACCUUUGACAUUACCAUCUGGUGUUUUUGUCAUAGUGACAUAUAAUGAUCACAUUGUAAAAUAGUUGAUGAAUUUAUCUUAAUGACCUUUCUGUUAGUGCUUUUGAAUGUCAUUAUGUCAUUAUUAUUAUUAUUAUUGCAGUGAGAGAGUCAAGAUGAAACAGUGUUUUGUUUUUCUGAAUGUAGGAAUUCACUCACGGACCUGGUAUCUUAAUGCGAGUCAUGUAGUGGUGACUCAACAGAAAAAUAAUAAGUUAUAAAAUGACAACAAUAAUACAACUGUAAUUUAAAUAUUACAAAGCUCUUCGAAACACAUUUCAGUGCUGAUGUUGUUAGAUUCAUAUCAACCAUGUAGGUGUUUGUCCUUUUGCAAUUAGUUUCUGAUGAUUUUGGCUUUGUUUUUUGUUUUUGAUCAUGUUUCUUCUUCAUGAUUUUUCUGAAGGUGCUCCAUAGAUUGCCAUGGCGAUAUAAUGAACACUGUUUUAGAGGCAGAUGUAGUACUGUGAUGUUGUUCACUACAGUUAGCUAGGUAGGUAGAUAUAUAGGCGGAUAGAUAUAAUUCUACAUUGAUUGUACACUAAAUACAGUUGUACAUUUGAUAUAGUAUAUUAUAAGAUGUAUUUUAAGGCGUGUAUAAUGUCUGCUGUUAACACCUCUGUUGCGUCUGAUGUCAGUGCAGUUGUACAUUUGUUCAUGAAUGGCUAGAUAAAUAG